AUGCCUGGGGGAGCCUCGGUGUCACUAGCUUCCUCCUCUGUAAUUCGCCAAGAAAGUUUAUCAGAGGAAUUCACUCGGAAAUUAUCUAACUCCUUUGUGCGAUUCAUAAGCUGCUUUAAGGAUUCUAAAAAGUACACCACCGUUCUUAAUGAGUGCCAUCAAAGAGCGGCCGAUUUGAUCCUUGAGGGAUGCCUUUUGAAUGGUGGUAUAUAUAUCAAAUUGGGUCAGGGUUUAUCAGCCAUGAACCACAUUCUUCCAUCACAAAUCACAUCGACUCUUGAAAUGCUCCACGACAAGGCUCUUUCUCGAUCUCCAGAUGAAAUUAAACGCAUUUUCCAAAAGGACUUUGGUGUCCCUCCUGAGGAACUAUUCCACAACUUUGAAAUUCAACCCUUCGCCGCUGCAAGCCUCGCUCAAGUUCACCGAGCUGUCACGAAAGACGGAAAGAAGGUGGCUGUGAAGGUUCAGUACGAGGAUCUCCGCGAACGCUUCAAUGGUGACAUCUCAACUUUAGAGUUACUGCUCCAUUUUGUGAAGUUUAUCCACCCUAAAUUUGAUUUGGCCUGGAUCCUGAAAGACUUGAAGGAAACUUUGGCACAGGAGUUAGACUUUCAGCUUGAAGCGGCAAACGGCGAACGCUGUCGGAAUGAUCUGGCAGUUAUGGGUAGUCUUCAACCUGGGGGUUUAGUCCACAUUCCUAUCGUAGAAUACAAUCUGUCGAGUAAACGUGUUCUUACUACCGAAUUCAUUGACGGGAUUAAGAUAAGUGAUAUUCCUCAUUUGCAAAAAGCAGGCUUCUCUCUCGCCUCCAUUGACAAAAUUAUGGUGGCUGCUUUCGGUCGUCAAAUCUUCUGCACCGGCUUUGUGCAUGCUGACCCACAUCCAGGAAACCUUCUCGUUCGAGAGCGUCGCAGCUCGAAAACUUCUCUCUUUCAUCGUAUUUUUCAUUUCCUUUUUAAGUGUUUCUUCGAAACUCCUGCUCAGCUAGUGAUAAUCGACCAUGGCCUCUACCAAAGUAUUUCUGACAAUGAACGACUGAUACUGUGCGAACUGUACAAGGCCAUCUUGAACAAUGACGAACGAAGUAUGAGGGAAAGUGCCAGGCGUCUCAAAGUCACCGACUACACAACCUUCGGAGAGAUAAUAAUCCAACGACCCUGGCGUCGCAUUGGACGUGCAUUGUCUAGCAGGUUAACGGAGGCAGAUAAGGCAUACAUUAGGGAGCAGGCCGAGCUAUACUUCGAUCGCAUCCUUGCUGUCCUCCAGGAAAUGCCCCGACCUCUUCUCCUUUUUAUUCGCAAUUUGAACAUGGUGAGAUCUAUCUGCCGCAGUCAUGGAGAUCGUAUUAAUCGGCACGAGUACCUCAUCUACAUGGCUCUUCUCGGCAGUCAAGCAUCGUAUACCUGCUGUAUUAACCCGGCUUGGUUUCGUUGGCAAGGGUACAUCCUCAUGAUCAGGUGGGAGGAAUUGAGGAACUGGGUAUGCCUUCUUACGUUGCGUCUUCUCACCUUCCUUGGAUUGACGCCGGAUUUCAAUGAGAUUCAAUCGGUGGCCAUUCAAACGGCAUCUCAAAAGCAGAUGCAAUAUCUGGAAUCAGGAAGUACCUAG